GGCCGACGCCGACGCCGACGCCGAGCGGAGCCUGCGGACGGCCUUCAAGAAGCUGCGGGUGGACGCGGCGCGCGGCUGUCGGUACGCGCUCGCGUCCCGUUCUUUGCAGCCUCGGGACGAACGGCGGCGGGCGGAAAGGCGCCUUUCUCUGAGCGCCGCUUCCCGAGCGCCGUCCCGCAAGCGCCCGGCAGGCGCUUCAGCUCUCGUGCCGCUCACGGACGCUGCCCGCCGAACGGAUCCGGCGGCACGCCGACCCCACGGCCGCUCCCGUGCUCAGUAGCGCGUUUCCCUUUGCUCCUCUGCGUGAGGGCGUUGCGCCGAACGGGACGAAGUGCCCGAUCGGAGCGGAACGAGGAGGCGCGCCUGCUGGACGGCCCGCUGUCCUCGCCUCGCCACGACGGGCUGCGUGCAGCUCCGGCCGUUCCUCGCGGUUCCUCUUCAGGCACCUGCUUUCAGCAGCCGAGCAGGCGAACGGCCGGCUCCUCAAGAGCAGCCUCGGGCAGCGCGCUUGGGCUCUUGUGCUGGAAACGCGGGCACCUUGCUUCCCAUCCCCUGGCAGGUGGCCCGAAGUCGCAGGAAGCAGGGCCGGCAGAACACGGGCUCACCUUCUGUUCGGCGGCCCAGCCGCUGCUUGCGCUUCCGUACCGGACAAGGCGUGGAGCACGUGCUCCAGGAGGCGCGGGACCGAAGGAAUGCUUGUCGGCUGCACUUCAGGGGCAGAAGGGGCUUUUGGCCAUUCCGUCUGGGAAACUGAGCCAGAAAUCAGUCAGCAAUCUCGUCUGCGGCUGAACCUCUCUCCGUUUCCCACUCAUGGCUCCUCAGCUUGCUGCUACGAGUUCCUCCCUGUGCGUUUCACGCGGGCGGGCGGGAGCCCACCUUCACUGACUGCUGUCCGACAGAAGCAAAAGGAAUGGCAGCGAACAUCCCCUUCACGGGUCCUUUUGUUGCAAAUAGGCGGCAGGAGCAGCAGCAGCAGCAGCAGGACGAGGAGGAGGCCGAGGAGGAGCAGAGCCUGCGGACGGCCUUCAAGAAGCUGCGGGUGGAUGAAGCGCGCAGAUGGAUCGCGGCCCAGCCUGUGGGCGACGGGACGGUUCUCACGGCGCCGAGGAGAAGAGCUGCAGAUGGAGCCCGGCAACCGUCCGUCUGCUGCCAGGAAGCACGCAAUGGGUAAAGCACACCGUCAGCUGCACCCCACCUUUAUUCUGCUCUCGGCCACGUGCAACUUGCUCGCUGUAGCCAGGGAGAGUUCUCACACAGGGGGUUCAGAUUACAGUUUCCUUGCCCCUCUAUGGCAAACCUUCUCCCUUUAAGUCUCACACCUUUGCACCCUCCCCUUCCCACCUUCUGGGGUGCUGCAAAGUACCUGGAUAUUCGGGGCCGUGCUGCCACUAGCUCUGAUAUCCACGCUGUGCG